ACAGGACUGAAACAUAGAGGAGAAGGGAAGAUAAAGAAAAAGGCAACCAUGGGAAGGAGAGUGGCCAUCAUCGGAGCUGGUGUCAGUGGCUUGGCCACCAUCAGAAGCUGUCUGGAAGAAGGACUGGAGCCCACCUGCUUUGAGAAGAGUGAAGAUAUUGGGGGCUUGUGGAAAUUCUCGGACCAUGCAGAGGAAGGCAGGGCCAGUAUUUACCAGUCUGUCUUUUCCAACUCUUCCAAAGAGAUGAUGUGUUUCUCAGACUUCCCAUAUCCCGAUCACUUCCCUAACUUUAUGCACAACAACAAGAUCCAGGAAUAUAUCACUGUAUUUGCCAAGGAAAAGGACCUCCUGAAAUACAUACAAUUUAAGACACUCGUAUCUAGUGUAAAUAAACGUCCUGAUUUCUCAGUCACUGGCCAAUGGGAUGUUACCACUGAAAGGGAUGGUAAAAAAGAAUCCACUAUCUUUGAUGCUGUAUUAAUUUGUUCUGGACACCACGUGUACCCCAACCUACCAAAAGAGUCCUUUCCAGGACUAAAACUUUUUAAAGGCAAAUGCUUCCACAGCCGGGAAUAUAAGGAACCAGGAAUAUUCAAGGGGAAGCGAGUCCUGGUGAUUGGCCUGGGAAACUCGGGCUGUGAUAUUGCCACAGAACUCAGCCGCACAGCUAAACAGGUCAUCAUCAGUUCCAGAAGUGGCUCCUGGGUGAUAAGCCGGGUCUGGGAUGAUGGUUAUCCAUGGGACAUGGUGUUUGUCAAUCGAUUUGAAACCUUCCUCAAGAACAACUUGCCAAAAGCCAUCUCUGACUGGUGGUACAAGAAGAAAAUGAAUGCAAAAUUCAAGCACGAGAACUAUGGUUUGAUGCCUUUAAAUGGAACCCUGAGGAAAGAACCUGUGUUUAACGAUGAGCUCCCAGCCUGCAUUCUGUGUGGCACAGUGUCCAUUAAGCCUAAUGUCAAAGAAUUCACAGAGACUUCGGCCAUUUUUGAGGAUGGGACAGUGUUUGAAGCCAUCGACUGUGUCAUUUUUGCAACAGGCUAUGGUUAUGCCUACCCCUUCUUUGAUGAGUCUAUCAUUAAGAGCAGAAACAAUGAGAUCACCUUGUUUAAAGACAUUUUCCCUCCUUCACUGGAGAAGCCAACCCUGGGAAUAAUUGGUUUGGUCCAGUCCCUUGGGGCUGCCAUUCCCACAGUUGACCUGCAAGCUCGCUGGGCAGCAAAAGUAGUAAAAGGAACUUGUACUUUGCCUUCUAUAACAGACAUGAUGAAUGAUAUUGAUAAAAAAAUGAGGGAAAGGCUCAAAUGGUUUGGCACCAGCAACACCAUGCAGACAGAUUAUAUUAAUUACAUGGAUGAGCUUGCCUCCUUCAUUGGGGCAAAGCCCAACAUCCCGUGGCUGUUUCUCACAGAUCCCAAAUUGGCUGUGGAGGUUUUCUUUGGCCCUUGCAGCCCAUACCAGUUUAGGCUGGUGGGCCCAGGGAAGUGGCCAGGAGCCAGGAAGGCCAUCCUGACCCAGUGGGACCGGACCCUGAAACCCAUGAAGACGAGAGCGGUUGGAACUCCCCUGAAGCCUUGCUUGCUUUGCCGUUGGGUCAGGCUUCUUGCUCUUCCCAUUCUGGUUGUUGCUAUUUUCCUGGCUUGGAUCCAAUGA